AUGGAAGCAUUACAGACAAAAUAUGCCGUGAUGUCUUUAAUCGUUAUACUUUUCGUCGUCGUCAUACAAACUGCUCACGCCUUUCUUUUCAACUCAGCUGCGGAUAUCGCUCAUUGCUAUGAACUGGACGUUGAAAAUUGCUUUCGCGAGGCAUUUCUGGUUUCACCACCGCCGCUCUUUCAUUUCCAACGAUUAUUAGUUGAAAAAGUCAACACCUAUCAAUCAGCUGAGACUUCUUUUUCAGACGCAGCGUACAUCAUGUUGUGCCAUGAUGUGCGAAGAUUUUCGCUAUGCUUUCAUCAUCCCGGUUGCUCUGAACAAACAUCUGCAUCAAUCGCCUCUGUGCAAUAUCAUAUGGUAUUCGGGAAGAAAUUACCUCUUCAUACUUUUUUGGCCUACAAAGGAUACGGUAGACAGAUAUGUGAACAAUCAUGCUCUAGAGAUGCGUUGCUAAUAUGUCGUAACGCUAUGAGUAGUGAGGAACAGCAGCAAGAACAGGUAUAUUGUUAG